UUGUUGGGUUGCACGACAAUCUGUUGUUCUGUUUGCAAAGUGUUGGUCUUUGCGGGGCUCUUCAAGCUGCACGAGUGCUCUUAGCUUCUGAUGGUGCUGACCUGAGUGAAAUGGAGACAGAGGCCAAUUACAGUAACAAGUGCCUUACAGAUCAGUACUUGAAGGAGGCAAUCUCAAUUCUAGGCUGUAAUUUCGAUGAUGAAACUACUGCUGAUUUCAGUACUCUAGAGACUGUGAAAGAGCCUUUCUUCUCAAAGAAAUUGUCAGUUCUUAUUGAGGUUCUCACAAGAUACAGACUACAGGAAGGCAUGAAAUGUAUUAUAUUCGUGAAAAGAACCAUCAUUGCAAGAACGUUAGCAUACAUACUUGGAAAUAUGAAGUCUCUCAGUUUUUGGAAAUGUGAAUUUCUUGUGGGAUAUCACUCUGGAUUGAAGAAUAUGUCGCGAAAAAAGAUGAAUGCCGUUGUUGAAAAAUUUUGUUCUGGAGAGGUUAAUCUGCUGGUUGCUACUAAUGUCGCUGAAGAAGGGCUUGAUAUUCAAACCUGUUGCCUUGUUGUGCGGUUUGAUCUUCCACAAACUGUUGCUAGCUUUAUACAGUCUCGAGGCCGUGCUCGAAUGAUGAAAUCUAAAUACAUAUUUCUAGUGGAGAGGGGGAAUCAGCAAGACGAGAAAUUACUUGAUGAUUUUAUAAUUGGCGAAACUAUCAUGAGUAAGGAGGUACUUGAUCGGUCAUCAGAUGAUACAUUCAAUAAUUUGGAGGAGAUUAUUUACAAGGUAACUAGUACGGGUGCUUCCAUUAGCACUGGCUGUAGUGUGUCACUUCUCCAUUAUUACUGCAGCAAACUUCCUCGAGAUAUGUAUUUCGCACCUUCCCUAAAGUUUUUUUACAUAGAUGACAGUAAUGGCAUCAUUUGCAGAAUGAUUCUUCCACCAAACGCUCCAUUUCGUCAAGUUGAGAGUCUACCAUGUGCAUCAAAAGAUGAAGCUAAGAGAAAUGCGUGUCUACAAGCAUGUAAGGAACUUCAUGAAAAGGGUGCUUUAACUGAUUAUCUUUUGCCUGGUCUAAGUUCCGGGAAAAAGAAUGGAUCAACUGCACAUCAUUCUGGAUGCAACAGCAAUGAAGAUGAAAAUCUAAGAGAACUUUACGAGAUGUUAGUUCCUUCUGUUCUCAAAGCAUCACGGUCCAAUUUUGAUAGUCAGAUAAAUAUGUAUUUCUACUAUAUUAGACUUGUACCAAUACCAGAGGAUAGACAAUAUCGGAUGUUUGGUCUCUUUGUCAUGUCUCCUCUUCCUAAAGAGGCCGAAAAGUUGGAAGUUGAUUUACAUCUUGCUCAUGGUAGAAUCGUGGAAGCAGGAAUUGAACCAAAGGGAAUGUUGACAUUUUGCAAAGAAGAGAUUGUGCUUGGGCAAUAUUUUCAAGAAAUGUGCCUGAAGAUUAUCCUUGACAGAGCAGAGUUUUAUUGUGAUCAUGUUUCCUUGGGCAAAUUCCAUGCAUCUGAACAUUGUUUCUCAACUUUCUAUUUACUACUUCCAGUCAAGCAGCAAAAUUGUGGGGACAAGAUAAUUGUUGAUUGGGAAACUAUAAGAUGCUGUUUAUCAUCACCUGUUUUUGGACGUAUUACAGAUUUAGAUUGGAAAGAUCCUUAUCCGAUAAGUGAUUCUUUGAAACUUCUUAAUGGAACAGUCAGUAAACACAAUGUCCUUAACAGCUUAGUUUUCACUCCGCACAACAAACUUUUUUUCUUGAUUGAUGACGUUAUACAUGGAACAAAUGCCAACAGCCAGUAUAAGAGUGUGAGCUAUGCACAACACUACCAGGACAGGUUUAAUAUUCAGUUAUCCCAUCCAGAGCAACCUCUUCUAAAGGCCAAGCCGCUAUUUAAUUUACAUAAUUUGCUCCAUAACCGUUUACAAGGGAAUACAGAGUCGCACGAGUUGUUGGAGCACUUUGUGGAGCUACCCCCAGAAUUGUGUUGCUUGAAAAUAGUUGGUUUUUCAAAAGAUAUUGGCAGUUCUCUUUCUCUGUUGCCCUCUUUGAUGCAUCGGCUGGAGAAUUUACUUGUAGCUAUCGAGUUGAAGGAAGUCUUGGCAUCCUCAUUCCCAGAAGCUUCUGAAAUUAGGGCUGACUGUAUUCUAGAAGCACUCACGACAGAGAAAUGUUUGGAAAGGCUUUCUCUGGAAAGGUUUGAAGUGCUUGGUGAUGCUUUCUUGAAGUAUGCAGUUGGCCGUCAUUGUUUUGUUUCAUUUCAAGGACUAGACGAGGGUCAAUUGACCAGGAUGCGUUCUGCCAUAGUAAAUAAUUCAAAUCUCUGCGAACUAGCAAUUAAAAAAAAUUUGCAGGUGUACAUACGUGAUCAGCCAUUUGACCCUACCCUCUUCUUUGCAUUAGGCCGUCCUUGUAAUGUUGUUUGUAAUGCGGAUACAGAAUCGAGCAUACAUCAAAUGGGAACUGAUUCUGGGUCAGAUAGACCAGAAUCUGGUAGUGUGAGAUGCACCAAAUCCCAUAAUUGGCUACACAGGAAAACCAUUGCAGACGUUGUGGAAGCUCUUGUUGGAGCAUUUCUUGUCGAGAGUGGGUUUAAAGCUGCAUUUGCUUUCCUUCGGUGGCUCGGUAUACCUGUUCAUUUUGAUCUUCCAGAUGUUUAUAGAGUAUACAAAUCAAGCAACAACAACUUGUCACUCUGUGAUGUUAUCAGUGUUGCUAAGCUUGAGGAAUUGAUAGGCUAUACAUUUAAGUACAAAGGACUUAUUCUGCAAGCACUUGUUCACGCUUCCUAUAGUAAUCAUCCUGGAGGAUGCUACCAGAAGCUGGAGUUUCUUGGCGAUGCAGUCUUGGAAUACUUGAUUACAUCAUACCUCUACUCAGCUUAUCCAGAUUUAAAGCCUGGUCAAAUAACGGAUUUAAGGUCAAUAUCUGUAAACAAUUAUUCCUUUGCACAUAUAGCAGUCUGGAAUUCGCUGCACAAGUUUCUUGUAAAGGAUUCUAACAGUCUUACUGAGGCAGUAAACCAGUUUGAGAAAUAUGUCCAGCUAUCUGAGCCAGAAAAGGACAUGCUGGAAGAACCUGCAUGUCCAAAGGUACUUGGGGACAUUGUGGAAUCUUGUGUUGGUGCUGUACUUCUGGACACUGGAUUCGAUCUAAAUCAAGUUUGGAAGUUAAUGCUUAUGCUUUUGGGACCAGUCUUGAACUUCACUAGCUUGCAGCUUCAUGCUGUUAGAGAAUUGCGAGAGUUUUGUGAGAGUUCUGGGUUACCACUGGGUCUUCCUGAUCCAGUAAAAGAGAAGGGGCUUUACUUUGUCAAGGUCGAAGUUGGUUUAAAAGAUCACACUUUGACUUGCAUGGCAACUAACAAAAACUCAAAAGCUGCUAGAAAAAUGGCUGCACAAGAAGCACUUUCUAAAUUGAAGGCUCAUGGUUACAAGCCUAAAAGAAAGUCACUGGAGGAGGUUCUACGUACUACUAGGAAAAAUGAAGCAAAGCUAAUAGGCUUUGAUGAAGACCCCAUUCUAGUAGAGAAUGAUAAUGAUAUCUGCAUUAAAUUGGAGAAGCUAUCGACCCAUGAACCAGAAGAGAGUAGCUUGUUUCUCCAGGAUGCAAAAUCAGCUGGUACUUCUUUCGGCUAUAAAUCAUUCAUUCCUUCCGGCACGGAGGAAAAUUGUAUGGCUGGCGUGAACGAGAACUACAAUGGUACCAAAUGCAAGCAUGAGCCUGUUAUACAGCAUUAUGUGGUGUCCAGUGGAUUGGCCGAGAAGAGCAAUCCAUGGCAGAAUUCUGAUAUGGAAACUCUCACUUCGUUAGGUGAUCUGGAUCGGAAACCUGCAAAAUCACGCCUUCUUGAGAUCUGUACCGCCAACUAUUGGGACCCUCCUUUAUUUGAGUGUUGCAAAGAUGAAGGACCUAGCCACCUAAGAGAGUUCACAUACAAGGUUACUGUUCGAGUCGAAGGAGCUACUGCAGCAUUAUUGGAGUGCUUCAGUGACCCGAAGGCGCAAAAGAAAGCCGCACAAGAGCAUGCCGCAGAAGGGGCCUUAUGGUAUCUCAAGCAACAAGGUUACCUACCUUAACCCUAAAUCUCUUUCCGAAGCACUCUGUUGUAUAUAAUUUUCCGUAUUUAAAGCAGGUCCUGUAGAUUUCCUAAUAUAUGGUCUGAACAAACAAAAAUUCUGGUUGUAUAGUAUGCCAACCCGAUUUAGACUAAAAUGGGAUCUUUCCCAUGAUCCCUUUUUAAACCCGUACCCAAUUAUUAGGACUAUCACCCAAUCUGAACGGUAUUAGCAUAUAAUCCUAACCCUCGUUAAAUAGGGUGAGGGCACGAGGCACUAUCUUAUUCUGUGUCACUCAUUUUCAAACUCGCUUAAUUAUGUGUAUGUCAAGAGAGAGUAUGGCUUUAAGCUCUACAUUCUGGUUU